AUGAAAAAGCAAAGUAAAAUUAAUGCAAUUUUUAAGAGAAAUGUUACUGAUAAUGUUGGAGUUGAAACAAGUCAACCCUCUAAUCCUAUUUCACAAGAAGGUCAAGUAAGUGAGCUCUCUAAUCUUACUCAAAAUACAUAUCAACAUGAAAUCAAAGUACCAAGAUUAGAAAGAGAUGUUGAUAUCUCUUUACUAGAAAGGGAUCCAAGAAAGCGACGUCCAAUUUGGCAGUAUAAUGUCAAUGAACGUGAUAAGAUUUGUAGAGCAUACAUAAUAGCUGGGCUAUACCAACCAACAAAUAUUUGCUAUCCAGCUUCUGGUAAUAACAAUCACUGUCGAUAUUUUCAAUCUUCUUGGUUUAAGAAAUUUUCAAGUUGGUUAGAAUAUUCACCAGAAAAAGAUGCUGCUUAUUGUUUGUCUUGCUACUUGUUUGGUAAACAUUAUGGUGCUCGCAAUGAUGGAAAAAAUACAUUUUCAGAGUUAGGAUUUAGUAACUGGAAGAAAGUAAACAAUGGGGUAAAUUGUGCAUUUGUAUGUCACGAGGGUUCUAUUCCUAAUUCUCCCCAUAAUUUAUGUGUGAAAUCUUGUGAUGAUUUAAUGGCUCAAUCUAAGCAUAUAGACAAAGUUCUUGAUAGGCAUAGUGAUGAAACUAUUGCAAAUAACCGUUUAAGAGGCGAUGAUGAAAGUUCUGGAUCUUUGAAUAGGGAGAAUUUUAUUGAGUUAAUUAAGCUUUUAGCUUCCUGUAAUCAGAAUGUUCAUAAUGUUGUCCUUGAAAAUGCUCCUGGAAAUGCUCAAUAUAUAUCUCCCAGUGUUCAAAAAGAUAUAUUGCAUAUCUUUGCUAGAAAAGUGCGUGCAACAAUUCGAGAAGAAAUUGGUGAUUCUAAAUUUUGUAUAAUUAUUGAUGAAGCAAGAGAUGAGUCAAAGCGAGAACAAAUGUCUGUGGUUUUGAGAUUUGUAGACAAGCACGGUUGUGUUCAAGAAAGAUUUUUUGAUCUUAUACAUGUUUCUGAUACAUGUUCUUUGACAUUAAAAACAGAAAUUUCAUCAGUUCUUUCUCGUCAUAAUCUUGAUGUUCAAAAUCUUAGGGGACAAGGGUACGAUAGAGCUAGUAAUAUGCGUGGUGAAUGGAAUGGAUUGCAAGCUCUAUUUUUGAAAGAUUGCCCUUUUGCUUAUUACAUUUAUUGUCUUGCUCAUCGAUUACAAUUAGCACUUGUUUCUGCAGCCAAAGAAGUUUGUUAUGUUCAUCAAUUCUUUUCAAAACUUACACUAAUUGUGAAUGUUAUGACUGUUUCUCCUAAACGUCAUGAUCAGUUAAGGGUUGCUCAAGCAAAUAAUGUUGCAAACUUAAUUGCCAAUGAUCAAAUUGUGACAGGUAGUGGACUUAAUCAAAUUGGUACUUUGCAAAGAGCUGGAGAUACUAGAUGGGGGUCUCAUUUGAAUUCUGUACGUAACUUGUUAUGCAUGUUUGAUGCUACUUGUGAAGUUCUUGAAAAAAGCACUAAAGAAGGUAAUUUCUCCACUCGUAGUGAUGCUAGUGCUGCUUAUGAUGCUAUCACAUCCUUUGAAUUUGUCUUUGUUUUGCAUUUGAUGAGAAAUAUUUUGGAAUUAAGGGUUGCUCAAGCAAAUAAUGUUGCAAACUUAAUUGCCAAUGAUCAAAUUGUGACAGGUAGUGGACUUAAUCAAAUUGGUACUUUGCAAAGAGCUGGAGAUACUAGAUGGGGGUCUCAUUUGAAUUCUGUACGUAGCUUGUUAUGCAUGUUUGAUGCUACUUGUGAAGUUCUUGAAAAAAGCACUAAAGAAGGUAAUUUCUCCACUCGUAGUGAUGCUAGUGCUGCUUAUGAUGCUAUCACAUCCUUUGAAUUUGUCUUUGUUUUGCAUUUGAUGAGAAAUAUUUUGGAAAAAGUAUGUGAAUUAGUAGAACGGUUUUAUCCAAGUGACUUCAGUGACCAAGAGAAAUUUCACAUUAGAAUGCAAGCUCAACAUUAUGAACUUGAUGUUCCUAAUCAUGUUGAAUUAACUAAUUUGUGCACAAUUUCGGAGUUAUGUCAAGGAUUAACGAAGACAGGAAAGUAUUUAAUAUAUCCUUUGAUUGAUCAUUUGAUUCGCUUGGUAUUAACUCUCCUUGUUUCAACUGCUACAACUGAGAGAUCUUUUUCAGUUAUGAAUAUUGUGAAGAAUAGACUCAGAAAUAAAAUGGAAGAUGAAUUGCUUGCUAAUUGUCUUUUGAUUUACAUUGAGAAGAAGAUUGCUGAAAGAUUUGACACAGAUUCUAUUAUCGAUGAAUUUUAUGAUAUGAAGAAUCGACGUGUACCACUUCGUUAA